UUUUUUUGGGGUUAAAUUUCUUUUGAACUUUGUUUUUUUAUUUUUUAUUAUCGUAUAUAAAAGUAGAAGGUGCAGAGGGGUGGGGGAAGUGGUAGACAUGCCUCAGCUCAGCAGCGGCGGAGGAGACGACCUGGGAGCGAAUGAUGAGAUGAUAUCGUUCAAAGACGAAGGGGAGCAGGAGGAGAAAAUCCAGGAGAACGCGUUCACGGAGAGGGACCUGGCCGACCUCAAGUCCUCCCUGGUGAACGAGUCGGAAAUAAACCAGAGGGAGGCGCUCAGGCGGGGACAGCAGGGCGAGCAGAGGGUCUUCCCGGACAAACACCGACAGCAUCUCGACGGAGUGUCGAAGCAGCAAGAUGGAGGCAUGUACAAGUCGCCGGCGUAUCCAGGCUACCCAUUCCUGAUGCUGCCAGACCCUUAUCUCCCCAACAGCUCAGUUUCUCCAUCUUCCAACAAAGUGUCAGUGGUGCAGCAGUCUCACGGGAUGCACCCGCUGACCUCCCUGCUGCCCUACAGCAACGAUCACUUCAGCCCGAGCCCUCCACACCUGCCCACAGACAUGAGCCAGAAGACAGGUGUUCAUAGGCAGUCCCAGGACCUCUCAGGGUAUUACUCCCUCCCGCCGGGUGGUGUCGGCCAAAUCCCUCCCUCCAUGAGUUGGCAGAGCCAGCCAGUCUACCCUGCCCUGUCCCCCUGUGGAUUCAGGCAGCCCUACUCCUCCAGUCUCUCCAGCGCCUCGUCUUACUCCAGGUUUCCUCACUCUCUGAUGCUCGGACCAUCUGGAGUGCAUCCCACGGGGAUCCCCCACCCAGCUAUAGUGCCUCCUUCAGGCAAACAGGAGCAUGAACAGUACGACAGGAGCAUGUACAUGAAGCCGCAGGUGGAGGUCAAGCGAGAGAAGGAGCCCAAGAAGCCUGUCAUCAAGAAGCCCCUGAACGCCUUCAUGCUCUACAUGAAGGAAAUGAGGGCGAAAGUUAUCGCCGAGUGCACGUUAAAGGAAAGCGCCGCCAUCAAUCAGAUUCUGGGACGCCGGUGGCACGCCCUGACCCGAGAAGAACAGGCCAAGUACUACGAGUUGGCUAGAAAAGAAAGACAGCUGCACAUGCAGCUCUACCCAACCUGGUCUGCUAGGGACAACUACGAGGCGGGCCUUAGCGGGGUCGCAGGGGAAAAGAAUAAAGCUGAUUGGGGCAAGAAGAAAAGGAGAAAAAGGGAGAAGCAGCAGGACUCCAACACAGACCCGGGCUCCCCUAAGAAAUGCCGGGCUCGCUUCGGCCUCAACCAACAAACGGACUGGUGCGGUCCCUGCAGGAGGAAAAAGAAGUGCAUUCGCUACCUUCAAGGAGGAGGCUGCCCCAGCCCAGCUUCUUCAGAUCUAAGUGCUAUAGACUCUCCCCCCUCCCCAUCUCCUGCACGCCACCGCCUCUACCAGCAGCCCCCCUCCCCGGGCCGCUCCCCGCCGCCCACCUCCACGUCGACGCGCCUCCCCUCGUCUCCGCACACACGCUCACACGCACGCUUCGCCCCGGAGCAGUCUGCCGGCAAGCGGGCGGCAGACUUCCGCCAGCCCGCAGCCAAACGCGCCCCCGCACACCUGGAACUGUCCGGCAAGCAGACGCUCUGCUCCACGGCGCUGUCCGCCGCCAAGGUGGCAGGACUGUCUCUCAAAGUGCUGACAGAGACUCACUGA